UCUGGUCUCAAGGAUCAAGUUUUGUGGUGUUCCGUUGGGCGCCAUUUUGAGAGAAGCGGCGAUUUAGACAAUACGUUGUUGUAUAUUUUCCCACUUUAAACCAAAUUAAGCUUUGGUGAACGAACGUUUGUUUUUGGCAAAGCUCUAUCUGUACUUUGAAAAUGGCGACGGGAGCAAAUGCAACUCCUUUAGGGAAGUUGCACCCCAGUAUUGGUGCUAAACGAGGCUUUGAUGCGGGGCCUGGUGCGGGCAACGGGAUGAUGCCUUCACCGGCGCCGCCCGGAUCCUUUCCUUCUUUGCAGGGUUUCCAGCCUUCCAUGCCAAAUACAGCUUUUCCCCAGACACAUCAAUUCACUCCACCGGCGGCUUUUACGACACCAGCUCAGCCGCAGCAGCCUAUGGCGCCUGGACCAUCUAAAACUGAUUUUAGUCAGAAGAAAGGGAGGAAGAAGAGUCGAUGGAGCAGCGAGACGCCGGACCAGAAGACGGUCAUACCGGGAAUGCCCACUGUUAUUCCCCCAGGACUUACCAGGGAUCAAGAGAGAGCUUAUAUAGUCCAACUGCAGAUUGAAGACCUGACUCGUAAACUGCGUACAGGAGACCUGGGAAUCCCUGUUAACCCUGAGGACAGGUCUCCUUCUCCAGAGCCCAUCUAUAACAGCGAGGGCAAAAGGCUAAAUACUCGUGAGUAUCGCACACGCAAGAAGAUCGAGGAGGAGCGCCAUUCCCUCAUCACCGAAAUGGUCGGACUAAACCCCGACUUCAAGCCUCCUGCAGACUACAAGCCUCCAGCCACCAGAGUCAGUGACAAAGUUAUGAUUCCCCAAGACGAAUACCCUGAAAUCAACUUUGUUGGUCUUCUAAUUGGACCACGAGGUAAUACACUGAAGAACAUUGAAAAGGAAUGCUGCGCCAAGAUCAUGAUUCGAGGCAAAGGUUCUGUGAAAGAAGGGAAGGUUGGCCGGAAGGAUGGACAGAUGCUGCCAGGAGAGGAUGAACCUCUGCACGCCCUGGUCACCGCCAACACCAUGGAGAACGUCAAGAAAGCCGUGGAGCAGAUUCGAAACAUCCUGAAGCAAGGCAUUGAGACCCCAGAGGACCAGAAUGACCUGCGGAAGAUGCAGCUGAGGGAGCUGGCCCGGCUCAACGGCACGCUGCGGGAAGACGACAACAGGAUCCUUCGUCCGUGGCAGAACUCUGAACCGCGCAGCAUCACCAACACAACUCUCUGCACCAAAUGCGGCGGAGCCGGCCACAUCUCCUCCGACUGCAAGUACACCAGCUCAUUUGCAGCCCACAGAGCGACGGGGGGCGAGCCCCCGCAGUCGGCGCAGGACAAGGCUCGCAUGGACAAGGAGUACCUGUCCCUCAUGGCUGAGCUGGGGGAGGCCCCCGUCCCCAGCUCCGGCGGAGGACACUCUACUUCUCAUGGAGGAUCGUCCCGGUCGUCCGGCUCCAGUCAGGGCCAGUCGAGCCGUCCUCCCUGGAUGAACUCGGGUCCCUCUGAGAGCAGGAGCUACCACAGCAUGCAUGGAGGACAUAGUGGCCAUGGAGGACCCCACAGCUUCCCCCCCCCCAUGCCCAGCAUGGGAGGCCCACCCAUGCCCCCCAACCCCAAUGGCUUGCCCCCGCCCUGGAUGCAGCCCCCCCCACCUCCUAUGAGCCAGGGGCCCGGACCUCACGGCCAUCCGAUGAAUCUCCUGCCGCCCCCGAUGGGAAUGAUGCCGCCACCCCCGCCUCCCCCCAGUAGCCAGCCCCCUCCUCCCCCAUCUGCUGCCCUGCCGCCAUGGCAACAGCAAGCUCCACCACCACCCCCCACCAGCAGUAUGGCAACAAGCACAGCGCUACCGUGGCAACAAACAGACACCAUCACCACGUCCAGCCCGGGCUCUGGGACCUUACCCCCCUGGCAGCAGCCCCAGCAGCCGGCCGCCUCCGCCGCCCAGCCCCCCCUCCCCAUGGGAACCCCGUCCAUGGUGCCCCCUCCCCCCGGAGUCCAGCCCCCGCUGCCCCCGGGCGCCCCGCCCCCCCCUCCACCCCCGCCCCCAGGCUCCACCGGCAUGAUGUACGCCCCCCCUCCACCCCCGCCACCGAUGGACCCUUCUAACUUUGUCACCAUGAUGGGAAUGGGGGUACCAGGCAUGCCCCCCUUCGGCAUGCCUCCUGCUCCCCCUCCGCCUCCACCACAGAAUUAA